GUAAAACAAAUAAUAAUAUAAGGGGCUACAUGUAUACGAUUGUAUGAUUGGUCCUUUUUUAAUAUUAUUAUUAUGUUAUAUAUCUGAAUGGCAAUUCCAAUGUGUCUGGACUGUUGGUCUCGGCACACAAAUAAUUCAGGCCUACAGAAAACAGUGUAGAAUUCAUGAGCUAGCUUGCACGAUGCUAAAUUAACUGCAGCUCAUGUAUCUUAUGAAAGAAAGCUUAAAAACAUUCAGAAGAUAAACAAGCUUUAUUUUACAGAGGUUAUAGAUGCUACAAUAUUAUUCAGAUUUGCUCAUAUGAUUUAUGUUAUCUUAUUUUGGUGAUGGAUUGUGAAAUGUUGAUAUUUUCAUCCCGUGGUUUUUGUGUAGUCUUUUAUUCCAUGUUAAGCUGUUCUGUCAUUGCUGUGCUUGUUGUGCUUCAGACAAUGAGUCCAUUCCCUGUAAUAACAGACAGUUAUUCCUAGCUGCUCUGAUCCAGUUUAAAUUGACCUGCCCAUGGACUCUGUCUCACUCCCACUCAACAUUAUGAGUUUAAUUACCAGUGGCUGCUAUUUUGAGCUUGCAAACUGAAAGGCUGCUUUCACAAACACAUGUGGUAUUUUGUGAAUGUUUUUAAUUACUUGCAGCACUACAUUCAUUUGUUGUAUUGUUUAUUGACUUUUAAUGCUGAAGCCCACUUGAUAAGCAACAUGUUCCAGUUUCCCUGAGUUGUUGAUUAACAAUUAGCCUUUUAAGUACAAGUAGCAAUACCACGGUGAAAUAGUUAGCAUUACAGGUCCUGCAUUCAAAAUGUCAAUAAAGUAAAUGUACAGAAAGCCUAUAGAGCUAUCAAGUGUAAAAGUACUAGUUGUGCUAAUUAUGUAUAUAAUAUUAAUGGGUUGAAAUUAUUGAUGCAUUCAUGUAUGUGGUGAAUUCUAACUAUGUUUAUCAUGAUGUAAUUGCUGAUUAUAUCUGUACUAACAAUCUGAAUCUGCAAAAUUACGAACUAAAGUUAUCAAAUAUAUUAAGUGGAGUAAUAAUUGACCUCAAAUAUUUCCCUAUAUGAAAAAUAAUGAAGCAAAACUAUAAAGUACGAUAAGACUUAAACACUCAAGUACUGGAAUAUCUGUACUUAUGUACAGUACUUAUGUCCUGAGUUACUUUCCACCACUGCUCUGAAUAAGUCAUCAAUGAAACAGCAACAACAGCCACGGUUCUGUAGUUUGUCGGUAAUCAUAGAAAUAUUUCUGGGGCGCUCCUUAAAUCGCUCCCAUCCAUCACUCCUCCUGGAUACAAUUGUGUCUAAUGUGUUAGUUCCCUGUUAGACGUCUCCAGUUCUGCGUAAGAUCACGACCCAGGAGGAUAAUCAGCCGCCGGCACGUGUCCGAUCCAACGUGUCUCCAGACUCACACCAGGGUGAGGGAUUCCAGCUCUGGCCUCUGCUGGUCCUCUCCUCGAAGAGCAGGAGUUCUCAUUCAGAGCUCUGCAUGGUCCCUUAUUGACUGCAUCCAGCAGCCCAGCAGCCAGCUCUCUGGCCAAGGUGGUAUGUUGGCCGGGGAUCUUCGGAGACUGCCAGAGCGCAGAGGCCGACUGCGUCCAGACUCUGGACUGCGGAGGAAGUCCUGCAAGAAGAUCAAAGUUAUCAUCUGUGUACUGCUUGUGGAGCUGUGUGAGAGAUUCACUUUCUUUGGCAUUGUAUGCAACACGAUUCUCUUCUGCACUGUGAAGCUGGGCUAUGAUAACUACCUGGCUGCGACAGUCAACCUGUGCUUCAUAGGAGCCAGUACCCUGACCCCUGUUCUGGUUGGGUGGUUUGCAGAGACCUGCCUGGGAAGGAGCAAGGUGCUCUACGGGUGUGCUUUACUUCACUUCUUCGGCACAGCCAUGCUGCCCGUUGUGGCAUUCCCGUUUGAAGACUUCUACAUUGACACUCAUCACAUGACGCACCAGCUGAAACCUCGGGACCAGCAAAUCUUGUUCUACACCGGCCUCCUGGCCGCUGCACUGGGCAUCGGCGGCAUCCGGGCCAUCCUGUGUCCCAUGGGAGCCUACAGCCUGCAGUGCUACAAUCAGCACCAGCUCCUGUCCUUCUUCAACUGGUUCUACUGGCUGGUCAACCUGAAUUCCACUGUGGUGUUUUUGGGUAUUGCUUACAUCCAGCAGUCUGUGGCCAAAAACCUUGGCUUCCUCAUCCCCUUCACCUCGGUGCUCCUGGCUCUCAUCGCCAUACACAUGAUGCGGAACAAACUCACCUAUAAACCACAGAGAGCCGGAUCUCUGUUGACCACACUGGGAGUGUUCUUGAACUCUCUCAAGAUGUGCUGCCUCCACUCACACCUGAGUGGAGACGUGGGGUCUUGGCUGGACCGGGCCAAGGAGAACAAUGGCGGGCGUUACAGCGAAACACAUGUGGAAAACGUCAAAGUCCUGGCCAAGCUCUUCCCUCUUUAUAGCCUCCAGCUGCUUUACAGAGCCUGCAUCACACAGAUUCCCUCAAGUUUCUACAUACAGACAAUGAACUCAAACCUUCACCUGCACAACCUCCUGUUGCCCAUCGGCACCAUGAAUGUGAUCAGUAUCCUCCCUCUGCUGCUCUUAGCGCCGCUGAUCGAAUGUGUGACCACUUGCUACCUCUCCAAGGGAAAAACUCCUCUGGCGCCUGCAAAAGUCAUCACUCUCGGCCAUGCGUGUGCCACCCUGUCGGUCCUGGUGGCAGGUUUGUCUGAGCUGUGGAGGAAGGCGUACCCUCUGGUGGAGCAGACCCUGUCUGGAAAGGUUAUGCAGGUGUCGUCCAUGCCAUGCUUCCAGCUGGCUCCUCAGUACAUCCUGCUCGGUCUCGCAGAGGCUCUCGUCACUCCUGCAUGUUCCCUCAUAUCUUUCCAGCUGACCCCGAGCCACAUCAGAGGGAUCUCCCUGCACUUCCUCACUCUGUCCUACGGAGGAGGCUGCUUUCUGGGAGCCUUCCUCAUUCAGCUGGCGUUCUUUCUUUCUGGGGGUAACUUCUACCCAAACAUAUUGCAUGAUGGGAAUCUGGAGAGGUUCUUCUUCCUCCUGGCCACGCUGAUGGCUGUAAAUACCGUGGUGUUUUGGAGCGUAUCUAACAGGUACAAAGACCUGACGGUGCAGGGUAAAGGCCUGACCAUCAGCCCGCUGACCGAGAAGCUGCUGCACGACAAGGCCUGUCUGCGGUUCUACGACACGGUGGAUUGCUCCUACACAAACAAAUCUAUUGAAUCCAUUUUAUGA